AGGGAGGCGGUGGCCGCCUGGGAGCUCGUCGUCCGCGUCCAGGAGCGCCGAGGGAAGGACUGGUACCUGGUGCAUGUGUCACUUACUGUGACAGACGUGAAUGACAACGUCCCCGAGUGGGCCAUGGAGCCCUUCCCCUUCCUGGCUGUGGUUUCCCCCGAGGCUGCAGGAGGCACUGAGGUGUACAAGCUGCUUGCUGUGGAUGCAGAUGAAGGGAUCCAUGGAACUGUGGAAUAUUUUCUCUUGGAAGGUGGCGAAGACAGAUUUGAAGUUGAGAAGGACACUGGCUGGAUUAAAACAACAGGUUUGCCACUGGUGAGGGACAAGGAGUAUUUGCUGACUGUACUAGCAGCAGACAAGCUUGGCAGCAGAGGGUCCCCAGCCUCUGUGUCUGUAAUUGCUGGAUUUCGGCCGCCACAGUUCUCCAACAUCUCGUACUCUGUGUACGUUCCUGAGAGCACCCUGCCAGGAGAAGUCUUUCUUACAGUCACUGCUGUGUCCUAUCAAAAGCAAUCCCUGAGCUACAGUUUGCUCACUAAUCCUGGGGGUCUGUUCAGCAUUGAUGGGGCGACAGGAGAGCUCAGUCUAACUCGGAGUGUGGAUUAUGAAGGAGACCCCCACCAGUUCCUCCUUUUGGUCAGGGCAGAGGAGAGUGAGGAGCAGUUCAGCACUGCUGCUGAGGUUUUGGUUGUAAUCACAGAUGUGAAUGACUGUGCCCCCGAAUUUCAUCAGUCGAUUUACAGCAAAGUUGGUGUUCCUGAAACAGUUCCUAUGACAACUGCACUUCUCCAAGUGACAGCCACUGACUGUGACUCCAAGGAGAAUGCCCAGCUGCUGUAUUACACUCUGAGCCAAGAUUUCAGCAUUACCUCUCACGGCACUGUUUUCCCAGCCACAAGGUUGGACUAUGAGCGCCCCAACCACCUCUAUGAGUUCAUCAUUAUGGCUGUGGAUCAGGGGGAAGAGCCCAGGACUGGCACAGCAACUGUUAGGAUCCAUGUCUCCAAUGUGAAUGAUGAAGCACCUGAGUUUUCUCAGACUAUCUACAGGAGCUUUGUUUCUGAAGAUGCAGGCCCAAACACACUGAUUGCCACAGUUAAUGCUGUUGAUCCUGAUGGAGAUGGUGUGACAUAUGAUAUUCUGUCUGGGAAUGAGAGAGGGAACUUUGUUAUUGACCCUAAGAAAGGGCUGGUUAGACUUCGUGCAAGCCCAUUUCCUGAGCUGCAGGGGACAGAAUAUGUUCUGAAUGUCACAGCUACUGAUGAUAAUGCCUCUGGAGGGCCCCAUCCUCUCACAAGUACUGCCCAGGUUGUUGUGAGAAUUGAUGAUGUCAACAACAACAAACCUGUCUUUCAGAAGUGCCAGUAUUAUCGGGAACAUGCUUCUGUCCUGGAAAAUCAGCCUUCAGGGACUGUUGUUCUGCAGGUUGAAGCCACUGAUGCUGAUGAAGGGGUCAAUGGAAUAGUGAAAUAUGGCUUGAUGCACAGAGAUGGUGUCCUACCAGCAUUUAGCAUCCACCCUGACACAGGAGUUCUGACAACUGUUCAGGUAUUUGAUCGAGAAAAGCAGAGGGAAUAUCCCAUCACUGUGACAGCAACAGAUCAGGCAGCGGAGCCACUCAUUGGGAUAUGUCAGAUCAAUAUUGUCAUCCUGGACCAAAAUGACAAUGACCCCAGAUUUGAAAACACCCACUAUGAAUAUUUCCUUAGAGAGGACACAAGAGUUGGGACCAGCUUCCUGCGUGUUGCAGCCCGUGAUGAUGACUACAGCUCAAAUGCUGCCAUCACAUAUUCCAUAGCAAGUGAUGAACCAAAUUAUUUACAGAUUAACCCUACCACAGGCUGGGUGUUUGUGAACCAACCCAUAUCUCAGAAGUCAUCUAUAAUUCGAGAGAUUACUGCUACAGAUGGAGGCAACAGGAGCAGUAAAGUUGAACUUGCUGUAACUGUAACCAGUGCAAAAAACCAGCCACCACAGUGGGAAAGAGACAGCUAUGAAGUUGUUAUUCCAGAGAAUAUGACACGGGAUGCCUCAAUUUUGACAAUCAAAGCAACUUCUCCCCUUGGAGAUCCCCGUGUCACUUACAGCCUGGAAGAGGGGCUUGUCCCAGAGACCAACAUGCCCGUGCGUUUCUACCUGACUCCAAACAGACACGAUGGCUCUGCUUCCAUCCUGGUAGCUGAGCCCCUGGAUUAUGAAACAACAAAGAGCUUCCAGCUGCGGGUGCGAGCUCAGAACGUGGCUGCAGUUCCUCUGGCAGCAUUCACCACGGUCCAUGUCAAUGUCACAGAUGUCAAUGACAAUGUCCCAUUCUUCACUUCAUCCAUUUAUGAGGCCUCAGUAACAGAGGGAGCUGAGGUGGGGACGUUUGUCACUCAGGUGUCUGCCACAGACCUCGACCUUGGUCAGCAUGGGGAGAUAACUUACUCCCUGUUACAUGACAGUGGCAGAGACUACACCUGUUUUCGCUUGGACCCCCAGACAGGCUCCAUUUACACCACCUCAGUGUUUGACAGAGAGGAGAAGGGCUCCUACCUCCUGGAAGUCAAGUCAGUGGAUGGCUCUGAGUCAGCUCGACCUGGAAAGCAUGGGAAGCCAAACUCUGACACGGCGUACGUGCGCGUGUCCGUCAGCGACGUCAACGACAACCAGCCCGUGUUCGCGCAGAGCGUCUACGAGCUGAGCGUGGACGAGGACCAGGAUGUGGGCUCCACCAUCCUCACCGUCACUGCCAGCGAUGAGGAUGAAGGAACAAAUGCUAAACUACGGUAUCAGAUCACAGCUGGAAACACAGGAGGGGUGCUGGAUGUAGAUCCAGAAACAGGAGCCAUUGUCAUUGCCCAGCCACUGGACUAUGAAGAAACAAAAAUGUAUGAGAUUCACUUGUUGGCCUCUGAUGGGAAAUGGGAGGAUUAUGCAGUUAUCAUCAUCAACAUCAUGAAUAAGAAUGAUGAGGCUCCAGUUUUUUCUAUCAAUGAAUACUAUGGAAGUAUAAUUGAGGAGCUGGAUUCGCUGCCAGUCUUUGUACUUCAGGUUAUGGCCAGUGAUCCUGAUAGUGGUGUUGAUGGAGGAGAUUUGAGAUAUUCCUUGCAUGGCUAUGGUGCAGGUGACAUUUUCACAAUAGAUGAGAAAACAGGCAGUAUUUACUCCCACAAGAGGCUGGACCGGGAAGAGAGAGCGCUGUGGAGGUUCAUUGUGCUGGCCACUGAUGAAGGUGGAGGAGGACUCACAGGCUUUGCAGAUGUGAUCAUCACCGUGUGGGAUAUAAAUGACAAUGCACCCACGUUCUCCUGCAUGCCUGAUGACUGCAAUGGGAAUGUCUUUGAAAACUCUCCUGCAGACACCUUGGUCAUGGAGAUGGCGGCAGUGGAUCGUGAUGACCCAAACGUUGGUGUGAACGCUGUCCUGACCUACAGGAUAACUGAGAAUGUGAAGAAUGAGUUUGGGACUGACAUGUUUAACAUCAAUCCCAGUACUGGGACCAUCCACGUGGCAGGGGGGCUGCUAGACAGGGAGAGGACUGAAAGUUACUUCCUUACUGUUGAAGCAAGAGAUGGGGGAGGGCUAACAGGAACUGGCACUGCCACGGUCUGGGUUGCAGAUGUCAAUGAUAAUGUCCCCAAAUUCACAAAGAAGCUGUGGCAGGCAGCAAUUCCUGAGAACAGUGCCAUUGACUCAGAAGUCCUGCAGGUGUGUGCUACAGAUGCGGAUGUUGGGGAAAAUGCAGAGUUAAUGUUCAGUAUCAUUGGGGGAGACCCAGAUGAGAAGUUCUAUAUUGAGAAUGACAAAGAAUGGCAAUGUGGCACUGUUCGACUGAAAAAAAAGUUGGAUUUUGAGAAUGCCCGUGAAAGACAGUUCAAUCUUACUGUUACUGUGGAAGAUCUGGAUUUUUCUAGUGUUGCAGUGUGCCUGAUUGAAGUUGAAGACUCAAAUGACCACAGCCCAGCUUUCCCUUCUCAGUUUAUUCAGACAAACCCUGUGUUUGAAGAUGUGCCUGUAGGUACUACAGUAACCACAGUGAGGGCUACAGACAAGGACUCUGAUUUGAAUGGGAAGAUUAUCUAUUCUAUAAAGUCAGACUCAGACCCUUUGAGACAGUUUGUGGUUGACCAGUUUGGUCACGUGGUUGUGGCAAGCGCACUUGAUCGAGAGGCCAUUCAGAAAUACGCUUUGAUUGUCCAAGCUGCAGAUCAGGGGACGCCUGCCCGCACUGGAAGUGUCACAGUGUUAAUUAACUUGCUUGAUAUUAAUGACAAUGGACCAAGGUUUGAAGCCCCAUACAUGCCUGUAGUUUGGGAAAACACACUGAAGCCUGAGGUAGUGCAUAUGAACCACACCUCAAAGCUGCUUCAUGCGUUUGAUCCAGAUGCUGAGGAAAAUGGGCCCCCCUUUACCUUUUCAUUGCCACCAGAAUAUCAGAAUUCCUUGGACUUUUCUCUUACUGACAACAGAAAUAACACAGCAACUAUAACAGCUUUGAGAUCCUUUGACAGAGAAAAGCAGAAGGUGUUUCACCUGCCAAUAAUUAUAAUGGAUAGUGGGAUUCCAGCCAUGAGCUCCACAACCACCCUGACUAUAACAAUUGGUGAUGAGAAUGACAACUGCCACGAGUCUGGCCACAAGGAAGUCUAUGUGUACAGCUACAAAGGAAAAUGGUCAACAACAGUGCUUGGGGAAGUGUUUGCACCAGAUCAGGAUGACUGGGACAAUAAAACAUUUCUCUCUGAAGGAAAACUGCUCAAAUCUUUCAGAUUAAAUCAGAGGACUGGGUCUUUGCUGAUGGUGGAUAACACUCCUCAGGGAAUAUACAACUUAAGAGUUAGAGUUUCUGAUGGAAUUUGCCCUGAUGUUAUAUCUACAGUACAAAUCCAUGUCAGAGACCUGGAAAAUGAGGCCAUACAAAACUCAGCCACUGUGCGUUUCUCAGGUGUCACAGCAGAGGAGUUCAUAAGGAGAGAUGAACAUGGCAAAACGAGACAUGGCGAGUUCAAGGAGUUCCUUGCAAAGCUGUUACCUGCCAAGCUGAGUGAUGUGAUUGUGUUCAGUGUGAUGGGCAGGGAUGGACCACAGACAGAUGUGAGGUUUGCAGUCCGUGCUGGCUCGGCCUAUUACACACCUGAGAAGCUGCAUGCGGAGAUGGCAGCGUUCAAAACUGAGAUGCAGUCAGCUCUGCAACUGAACAUUUCCCAGAUCGACGUUGACGAGUGCAGGAGUGCCAACUGCAGCGAGGGCUGUACAAACCACCUGAGUGUGAGUGACAUCCCCACAGUGCUGGACACGGGGAGCGUGUCCUUGGUGUCCCUGAGCACCUCUAGCCACGGGCUGUGCUCCUGCUCGGCCCGCGAGCGCCUGCACCAGCCCUGCGCCUCCUACCCCCGCAGCCCCUGCCUCAACGGGGGCCUUUGUGUCGACACUCUGAACGGCUACAGAUGUCUUUGUCCUGCUUCCUUUCAUGGACCAGACUGCCAGCAGACGAAGCACAGUUUCCAUGGAAAUGGUUAUGCAUGGUUUCGUCCCAUCAGACCUUGUUUUGAAAGCUCACUCUCUCUAGAGUUUAUUACUGUGGUUCCAGAUGGACUUUUACUAUAUAGUGGCCCUUUAUCAAAUCCAGAACCUGGGAGCACAGAAAACUUCAUUGCAAUAGAACUCUCUAGUGGUGUUCCUGUGCUGAAGAUGAGCCAUGGCUCAGGUUCUGUGGUGCUGCAGUUUCCAAGUCAUCUGAAUGUAGCAGACAAGAAGUGGCAUCGACUGGAAGUCAGAACUAAUGGUCAGGCUGUCAGGUUCACCCUGGAUCGCUGCAGCGCCGCCGUGCUCUCCGAGAUCGAAGGCGUUGGCCGCUGGCUCUCCACCGAGGAUCGCACGGACUGCGAAGUCCUGGGCUCUGUUCCACGGACAGCAAGGUAUUUGAAUGUGAACCAUGUUCUCCAGCUGGGUGGUGUGAAGGAGUCCAUCCCAUACUCCUACCCACAACUGCUACACAAACAUUUUUCUGGUUGCUUGCGCAAUUUCAUCUUGGAUACUCAGGUAUACGACCUUCAGUCUCCUGCAGAGUCCCUGAACAGCUUCCCUGGCUGCUCCCUGACGGAUGGGAGCUGUGAGACCAUGGGAUCUUCCUCCUGUGGUGCCCAUGGCAGGUGCCUUGGGGACUGGGGCUCCUUUGCGUGUCACUGCUUGCCAGGCUACCACGGCUAUCGCUGUGAUAAAGUGGCCCAGGAGUACAGGUUUGAGGCGGGCAGCCACAUCCGCUACCAGCUGCCCGUCAGCGUGCCGGCGCGCAGGACGCUGCUGCAGGCCCUGGUGCGCACGCGGCAGCGCGACGGCGUCAUCGCCUCCGUGCUGUCCCGCGCCAGGGACGAGCACAUCACCCUGCAGGUUGUUCAGGGACUGUUAGUGGUCUCAUACAAUCUGGGUGAUGGAAACUAUUCUGUAAGCCUUCCCUCCUACCACAUUGAUAAUGGUGAAUGGCAUCACGUCACACUGGAGAGAAAUGAAAAUGAAUUUACUCUUCGCCUUUAUGAAGGAGGUGGCAAGAGAGAGAUUACUAAAGCAGCAGGAAUAUACAAAGAGAUUGUCAUUGACCCCAGCAGCUUGGUCCUUGGAAACACCUACCCAUUCAGUCAAAACAGGAGUUUUCAAGGAUGUAUGAAGGAUGUCAGAUUUAACAACUACAGAAUCCCUCUGGACACUCAAGGGAAGGAGCUGGUGUCAGUACUGAGUGCCCAAGGCAUCAAAGAAGGCUGUUCUUCGGAGGCCUGUAGGAAUAACCCUUGCAACCAAGAAUUUAUUUGUAUUGAUUUGUGGAUGAUGCAUGAAUGCAGCUGCCCUGCAGGCCACAUGAUCCUGGAGAACGCCUCGGGCCGGCAGUGCGUGUACACGGCGUGCGCUGAGCGGCCCUGCAACGACGGCACCUGCGUGUCCCUGUCCCCCAGCACCUUCCAGUGCCACUGCCCCGACGGCUACAGCGGGCGCCACUGCGAGGUCACGCUGGCCAUCUUCCACAAGGACACCGGCCUCAGCUUCACCUCCCUCUUCGCCAUCUGCGUCUGCUUCCUGGCACUCCUAGCCCUGCUCAGCGCCGCCUUCCUCUGUGCUCACUGGAGGACGCGCAAGGCUCUGCACGGAGGCGUUUACCCCGGAUCUGCUCACCCCGAGGAUCUGGAGGACAUCAGGGAAAACAUCCUCAACUACAACGAAGAAGGGGGUGGGGAGCAAGAUGAAGACGCCUACAACAUGGCAGAGCUGCAGGUGUCCAUCCAAGGCAGCCCGGCGUACUCCGCGCACAGGAGGAAGGAGCCGCCGGCCGCCGUGAGGGCGCGGCGCGGGCCCGCGGGGGGCGCGGCGCUGGGCCGGGCGCUGCCCGCGCUGCUCAGGGAGGCCGAGAGCCGCGCCCCGGGCCCGCCGCAGGAUUCCCUGCGCGUCUUCUGCACCGAGGGCGCCGGCUCCAGCGCCGGCAGCCUCAGCUCCCUCAGCUCCCUCAGCUCCGCGGGGCUGGGCGGCGGCGCCGGCGAGGACAUCCACGAGUGGGGACCCAAGUUCGAGAAACUGAGGGAGCUGUACUCGCACAGAGAGGCGGGAGACCUGUAGCUCCCCAAGGCUGCUCUUUGCAGGUCUGGAAGCAGAGUGCCCAGUGACAGCCCUGCUCACUGAUCACAGUGCAGCUGCCAGUCCAGGGGUACCGGAAGGGAAAGAAGCAGAAGGAUAACUGGAACUUCACUUACACUGUGCUGAAAUCCCUUUAUGCUGCCAUACAAAGGCAGAAACUGGAUUUAGGCAUAACACAAGAACCCAGCUGCUUACAACUACAUAAUUUUCCUAAGGAAAAGGCCAGGUGUGCUGGCUACAUGCCUCAAAGGGGGCUGGUCAGGAAUUUCAGUAGCAAACACCACAGUACAUCACAAUCUCUCAUUCCUAGUGAGCUGCUAAACUGAGCCUAAACCAGCCUGAACUGUGCCAUUUGCAUCUACAACUGUGUCCCUCAUGUUUCCUUAAAUUUCUUAUGAUAGAAUCAUUGCAGGACAUAUCUGAGGACAGAGAAACAUGGGGGAAAACUAACAGCAGUAGCAGGGGGUGGAAUUUUAUGCUCUAAAUGAAUCAGUCCCUUUUAGAAACCAUUUAAUGUCCAGCUGCUAUGACUGAUUUUUCUUAAACUUGACAAUAUUUGGAAAAGGUGCCACUAAAUUAAUUUUGAUUUCUUUUUUUUAAAUUGACACCACUUGUACAGAUAAAUGGAGUACAAUGCAGCAAAACCUAAAUCUUAAGCUGUGCUAUUUCUUCAGUGUAUAUGUGUAUUAUAUCUAUUAUAAUAUGUAAACUAUAUGUAAUAUGUACAUUAUAUAUUAUGAGCUAAUAAUAGGAAUAUAUCCUAGUUUCUAAUAAUGUUUCAUUAAAACAAAGCAUGAAACAAUGUACUGUAACAGCCACUGAAACUGCUUUGCUCAGUAGCUUGUUUUGGGAGGUCUGGCUUUUAUUUUUAUACAUCUAUUAAAACCCCUAAGUAGGUGAAUGCUGUGUGCAGGCCAGCUCAGUUUGCAUGUUUCCCAAAUGUUCACACACUACCUUGUUCUCAUGUGCACUUGUGCCACUCUCUGGAAAAGCCUGAGUGCACCAUUAAGCACUGUUACACACUGCAGGUGCUGGGCAUUGUCCUCUGGAAAACCUAAAUCCAGUUUUUACUCACACCCAAUGGUUUUGGUUCACAGACAGUACAGUCUCUGUGAUUUUGUGAUCUUACUGACACAUUUAUUUGCCUGGGAGGAAACCUUGGCUGAAACAUCUUGCAGUGUUCACCAGGCCAGUCUGCCAGCUCCUGUAUUCCAUCAUCUCAGCAGUCACAAACAGGGUAUGGUAAAUAAACUAAAUAUAUAUAAUAUGCACAAAAAUCUGUUCUUUCCUGAAGCAGCAGUAAGUUUGUCUUCAUACCUUGUGUUGUUCCCAUAGCUAUGGACAUGCUGGUGCUUUGGCUGGUUUUAAUUUAAUUUAGCCUGUAAGCUCCUUGGGGCCAACACUGUCUUUGUUUGCCUGUGGAGUGUCCUGCCUAUCUCAGGCACCAUAUAAAUAAUAAACCAGCCUUCUGUCCCGGGUGUCUGUGCCUUGUUUGUGUUUAAGGAUCACUGAAGGGUGGACUCUGCUGAAUUAUUUCUCUCUCAGUUGUGAUCAGAUGUGAGUCAUGGGUGCUGUGCCACCUAAAAACCUUCUGCUGGUGGGCUCAGGAUCCAGUUACCCACCCAAAAACCACUUUGGGUUUCCCCAGGGGAAGGAGCCUCACCAGAGCUCUUCCUCCACCCCUGAGGAACUGGGUCAGAGGGACAACAAGCACAAGUGGUGCCCAGGGGCCCUAAAGGUGACAAACAUGGGGCACGCAGAGAUGUUCAGGUGGCUCAGUGCUGUUCCAAAUGUUGCUGCCCUGCUCUGUAACCAAACAUGGAAACAGCCCCAGAGCCUCGGGGCUGCCUCUGCACUGUGAGCCCCACCUUGCACAGAACAGGAGAGACUGAAACAAAGGGCAGGAAACAUUUCCAAACUCCUCCAGGAGCCCGUGUCGAUACAAUCUCAGUAAUAGGACACACUCAUUUGCAGCUGUCAUGCCCUAUUAAAGCCUACUCUUCCUCUUUCCAGAGAUAACUAAUUAGUUCACUUAAUUUAUCUGUUUUAAUUUGCAUGCUGCUCUUUUAAUUACUGUGCAAUUGCUGAAAUCAUAUCCUCACUUGUUCUGCAUUUGCACAGGCACACACAAAUAUUUCAGUGCCUCUGCAGGAAGGCUUAUCCCAGCACUGCCCUGGCUCCCAGGGAGAACAGCUGGCUUUCACAGAAAGCUCUGGGUCAGGGGGGAAGGAAAAAUAUUGAAUAAAAAAACCCCAUUGGGUCCCUAGGUAGUGGGAUUUGCAGUAAUCUAGUACUUUUAUUAAUCUUCUUCCAUGUUCUUUACAGACUUUAAACAUAUAGCAAGAACAUUUUAUUUAGCAUAAAAUGUUUGUAAAGGUCUGAAAUUUAAAUAAUCAUGUGGAUAUUAGUAUUUAAUCUGGCUGCCUGUCAACUACAUUAAUCUUGGUGUUCUUCCCCUGUUAAAAUAACAUUCCAAGUACAUAACAUGGAGCCAAGCCAUAGGAAAGCUGAUUGCCCUGAGGGCUGACCUACUGACCAGCAGGUUUAGGAGGGAAAACAGGGCUCUAAAGAAGCAGGAUUAGGUGGGCAGAAGAAAGUUGAGCAUUUUCUUAAUUACAAGAAUGCUAAAACCCAUGGCCAUCUCCUGGGGAUUUCCAGGAGGAGGUUCCCUGGAGCACAGAAUCCCCUCUCGUGUGGCUCACAUCCCAUCAAUUACAUGAAUCUCUAAUUAAUGCUGGUGACAAACUCCCCCCAGCCCCCUUUAGACCAGUCCUGUACGUGGGCAGUUUUAUCUCCAGCCCUGCACUUCCUGCAGCUCCUGCCACAAGAGUCACAUCAGGACAUCCUCCUGCACAUACAGAACUUGAAAUGUGCUCUGCACCCCCAAAAAAUGCACCUUUCUGUUCAUUAAAAAUAUUAAACCUGAGCUACAGUGUGGAAACAAGCAGGUCCCUGGUGGUCAAAGCAUUUCAUGUAUCAUUUUACAGUGAUAUAAUACACAUAAUAAAGAAAGAAAUAAUAUUUAUUUACAUGGAUAUACUGCCUCAGUCUACUGACCUUACUGGAGCUGACAUGCAUGGGGUGAUGACUGAUAAAAAUCAUGGCUGUACCUUUAGCUUCUAACAAAGGAAGCCCAGCAAGCUGUUAAAACACAAAGGUGAUUUCAAAAGUCAGUGCUAUACACAAUAUAAUGAGCUUGAAAAGCCAAAACUUGCUUGGGAAAAAUAUUUUGCUUUCCUCCAUAUGGACUGAAACAAAGCUGAUUUCCAAACCAGGUCUUACUCAGCCUAUCCCAACAUAUAAACAAGCAAAAAAAGAGACUUUCAAAUUACACAAUUUAUUUAGUAUACAAUAAUCAUUACAUCUCUUUACAACAACAUAUUAUAAAAUAACUAUGUUAGAUCCCACCAGCAGAACACUGAAACAAGAAAUUAAAAUACACUUCUGGAUCUCAAAGGCUUUUCUCUCCUAAAAAAGCCCUGGCUCCUUGAUAGCAUUUUGUCUCUGCAAUCUAAAAGCAGUAAUUGGUACCGCAAUGGCACUGAGCACACACACAGAGUCCUUGUGGCCAGCAAGGAGCAGCCAGGAGGAGCCUGGGGAGCCUCAGGAAUGGAGGUGCAGCUUCUGCCCAGGCCUGGCUCAGCAGGGCAGGGAGGAGCUGGCACCUGCCCUCUUGGAUUUGCUGUCUGAAUGCUGCACUGCAGUCCCUGGAGUAACCCUUGGUGUCAAACCUUUCUGGUUAUCUCUCAUAAUGCAUCUUUCUGUAUCAAAAACCCCAAACAAACCAGACUGCACUUGGUAGUGUCCAUGAAAAUUUCUCCUUUGGCAAUAUUAGAAACUGCAUUUUUGAAAAAAGUUUGUUUAAAAAUAAUGACAGUUCUAGUCAGGAUUUCUUAGUCUCAGCUGUUACUACAAGUAAAUUGUGAAGACAAGAGGCCAUCAGUGGGCCUGGGAAUCCCUCCCCUCCACCAAAGGGAAGUCCCUGCACCUUUGCAGAGAGAUCCAGCCUUACAGCCCAGACAUCCUUCACCUCCUGUGUGCUUGUUUUCUGCUACUGAAGGCACUCACUGAGGGAUUCACUGACCCAGGCUUGCAGCAAGAACCAUGCAUCAUUACAGGCCUAAUUAAAGUUUUAAUACUGAUUAAAAUGUUUUAUUAUUGUAUUAUGUUAAACUGCAGUGGUCUCCAACCUCAUUAAAGGAUACAGGCUAGGAAUUAGUCAGGAGUUUCAGCUGCUCAGUGUAACAACCCAGCUCCUGUCAGUAUGUGAUUUACCACAGCCUCCUGUGCCACAGAGAAAGGCAGAAGGAUGUUGAACAUUGUUUAAUGAGUAUUUACUGAAUAUAAAAUUGUUUGAGCAUGUGACAUAACCAUCUCCAUCUCUUUGGUAAUUUACCUUGGUACAGCUGAAAGGGAAAACACUUGAAUCAUUUGGAAUUGGAGCCCAGCUCAGUUGUGACAGCUAAUCUCAUUACACAUCUUGAUUAAAUUAAAUGGGGAGUGUGCUAUCUGUAGCACUUUAAGUUUCCCAUCAUUAGAAAUUAAUUGCAGUGGUAAUUACUAUAACUGAGUUAUUUGCACAGGCCACAAACAGUCUUAUAGGUGUUCAAAUGUUAAUUCAACCUGGGCCUAGAGGCACUUGAUUAUUACAAUUCUGUUUUUCUUACAAACAAAUGAGCCUAGUGGAUGUCUAAUUCAAGAUGGAGAGGCUUCCAAAUUUGAUUUUUGAUUUCAAUCUAAAACCAAAGCAAUGCUAAAAACACAGCAAAAGUUAUAUGGUACCUUCAGAACAUUUA